GGAUUAAAAAAAAACAAACCAACCAAGCUGUCAAAGUUGUCGGAGCAAGCGCUUGGAAUAAAUAUUUUUAUUUUGCUGAAAUAUCGAGUUAAAUAAGCAUUUAGCGUAAUUGUGACAUUAAGGAAAUAUACAAUUUAGUUAUAUAAUGUUAUUCAAUCGUGUAUAGUUGCUAUAGUCAUUAGUAUUAUUCGAUGUGUUAGCCGCCACCAUGGGCAAAUCAUGCUGCAUAGAGAGCUGCGAUGUCUCCAGUCCGGAUGUUGAGUAUUUCAAGUUCCCCCGCAGCGGGUCCCUGCUGGCAGCCUGGAUAGAAGCGACUGGGGCGCCGGGGGGAGACGUCUGCUCAGCGCACUUUACCGACGCAGACUACAAAAGUAUGCGCGGAAAACGGCGGCUACUCGGCACGGCUAUACCCAGCGUGUUUACUACCAAACCACCAUCCACAGAAAAUGGAAACAUCACAGACCCUACAAAAGACACAAACAGAAACGCCAAUACGAACACAAAAAAUAAAAAAGCAAAAGAGAAAAAGAGCACAGAGAAGGCUAAAGCGGAUUCCACCACAGACAACGUAAAUGAAAUGACCACAGAUAAUAGUGCCAUAGACAAGGACGAAUCUACGACGGAUACGGAUGUGACAGAGAGUAAUGUAGGAAAUGGAGAGAGUUCACAGGAUACGAGGCAAGGUGGAGAAAAUGGGAAAGAUGAUAAGAAUGGACAAAUUGCCCAACCCGAAGUAAAUGACAUAGAAGACAUGAUAACCAACUACCAGAUCAAGCAGCCACCGCUCGCAGACCGGCUCAACCCGGACCCUCUGGAGGACCUUAUCCCGGCCAUCUUGGAGAACCAGAGCGUUCAGGAGUUAGCCGCUGAGCAGGUCCACAUUGAAGCGGAGAUACAGGAAGAAAAUAGGAGUACUGAAAACAUACAAGAGGUUAGCCCAAACAAGCUUGACGUCAACCAGCUGGCCAACCAUAUAGCCAACAAGUUGGACAACCAGUUGGCGCAGAUAAUGGCAACCGCGCCCGUCUUCAUAGAAGUCGCCGUGGAUCAGAACGACACCCGAGCCGAGAGCCCCGAGGACUGCCUGAUGUUAUUAGAGAGCGUCCAAUGUGAUAUAGAUCCUUCGAGCCUUAUGUUACCUGAACACGGCCCUGACACGGACAGCGAUAUGGAAAUUGUCGAGGCUGAUAACAAAAUAACUGAAGACCCCAACCCGAUAUCCCUUCUCACAUCCAGCGAUGAAGACGAAGUAAUCAUAGAAGAGCCCCACAUCGACACGGUAGAGGUCUCAGACGAAACAGAUGAAGACGACAGACCUCUGCAGAGGCUCAUCAAAGAAAAACCAAAACAGAAAAAGCCGGAGAAAAAAAAGAAAAAGGGAAAUUUUGAGUACUUCGUUCAUUCCAGUCCGUACUACUGUGUCCAAUGUGACUUCAGAACCGACAACGAGGCAGAAUUCAUACAACACAACAUAGAGCUCGCUCAUAUAAAUUCAACGACCAUCCAAGUAUGCUCAACAUGCAACUAUACGACUGCGAGCAAAGCGCAAUUCUCAAGACACAAGCGGAAACACCGGGACGAGAGAAACUUCAAGUGCCAUCUGUGUAACUAUAAAGCGAGACACAAUAUGUCUCUGAUCUACCAUCUCCGCUGCCACGACCCGGUUGAGAAGAAACAAGAUAAGUUCACGUGUGAUAAGUGCGGUUUUAGUUCUAAUGUGAAAAGUGAAGCGUUGAAUCAUUUGAAAAAUAAGAGUUGCGGAGGUAGUAAGUAUUCGUGUGAUCAGUGUAGUUAUAGUACGAAGAGACGGAGUGAUUUGAGAAGGCAUCGGCUUAGGAGGCACUCGGUUGAUGAUAGUGAUGAGGAUUUUACCAUUUAA